GAUAGUGGAUGAUUGUGAUCGACACAAAAUAUUUGUGGUGAAAUCGUAAUUAAACAUUUUUUGAAGAAUUGGGCCUAACUGCUCCAAUAUUAUUGGGCCAGAGAAGAGUUAUUGGGCUGAGUUAGAAUUAAAACACAUUUAAAAGAAAUAGUAUCAAAAAGAGAGAAGAAAUCACGUAGCAGACACGCGCAAGAGUUUUGAAGAUCUGAUACAGAAAAUUUCAGAGAGGGAAGAUCGAUAAGGAGGUGUUUUGUUUCUGCUGAUCAGCAGAUUACUUGUUCGUUUAUUCGGAUUUUGGAUUCUUCGAAAGAUGGACCCUAAUAAUCAGAUACAGGCACCAGUUGAAAAUUAUGCAAACCCAAGGACAUGUCUUUUCCAUGUUCUCUUCAAGGGUGCUGCGUUGGCGUUUUACAUUCUCUCUGCGCUCUUCUUCAACAGCUUUGUCAUCAUCUUUGUAGUGACUGUUCUUCUUGCUGCCCUUGACUUCUGGGUCGUUAAGAAUGUCAGUGGGCGUAUACUGGUUGGUCUCCGGUGGUGGAACGAGAUCAAUGACUUGGGAGAAAGUGUCUGGAAAUUCGAGUCUCUUGACCAGGAGUCCUUGGCUCGGAUGAACAAGAAAGACUCAUGGCUUUUCUGGUGGACACUUUAUCUUGCAGCAGCUGCAUGGUUUAUCCUUGGGGUAUUUUCUUUGAUUAGGUUUCAAGCUGACUAUCUGCUUGUUGUUGGCGUUUGCUUGUCUCUCAACGUAGCUAAUAUCAUCGGCUUCACAAAGUGCAAGAAAGAUGCAAAGAAACAAUUUCAGCAGUUUGCCUCGCAGACAAUCGCAUCAAGGUUCCAAUCAACAGUACAAUCUGCUUUCACCCUUGUCUGAAGAGAAGAAAUACAGCUUUUUAAGGGUUGUGAGAGCAAAGAAAGACAGUGUACAAAGAAGAUUGCCAAAACGACAUGGUUGGUUUUUUUGACUGAUUGGUUUCAAAUGUUUUGUAAGGGUUUAAAAGGUCCUAUAUUCGUCUUUAUAUGUAUUUUACAAUUUCGACUUACCUAUUAACAUUUUGCAUAUCGUAUGGUCUUCUUAUUAUACAUAUAUUUAGCCCGAAAGAAAAUUCAGAAAUUUUAAGUCUCU